UUCAUCGCACCAGCUCGUUAAGUAAUCAGCUAGAAACUACAUAAAAUCAACAUGACCGGACGCGGCAAAGGAGGAAAAGGUCUUGGAAAAGGAGGCGCCAAACGUCAUCGCAAAGUGUUGCGUGACAACAUCCAGGGAAUUACCAAGCCCGCCAUUCGUCGGUUAGCUCGCCGUGGCGGAGUCAAGCGUAUCUCCGGUUUGAUUUACGAAGAGACCCGCGGUGUUUUGAAAGUGUUCCUGGAAAACGUGAUCCGUGAUGCAGUCACCUACACCGAGCACGCCAAGAGGAAAACCGUUACAGCCAUGGACGUCGUUUACGCUCUAAAACGUCAAGGACGCACCUUGUACGGUUUCGGAGGUUAAAAUGUUUCAUCCGCGAUCUGUGUACGUAAUGUAAAAACACCUAUUAAAAAGGCCCUUUUCAGGGCCACCACUACUUUUAAUCUACAUGCGCGCGCAGUUUGUGUCUGUCUUGUUUGUUUCUACUUCAUCAAACUACUAUUUUAUGGUAUGGUGAAUGAAAUUUUAUUAGCACUUUAAUUUCAUUAUUUUUUUUUAUUUAUAUCACUUAUCUAUCAACUAAUUAGAUUUAAAACGAAAAUGGUUCUUUAUAAAAUAAACUCGAA